AUGGUACUCAGAAAGAGGACACUAGAUUCUUUUUACAAGAAGAACGUUGGUGUUAUUUGUUCUGACGAAGAGACACCUGAAGAUGAAAUUGCUAAUUGGCUUGCUGCACAACAAGAAGAGGAUGAAAAAGAUGAAGAGGUAGCAGAGGAGACUCCAAGGCAAACAACAGCUAAAGUUCAGAGAGUUAAUUGUGAAGAGUAUUCACCUACAAAAGAUGUCGCCUUUUGUUUUCCAUGCUUCCUAUUUUCAAAGAAACCAGUUGGAAAAAUAGGAUCUAAUGCAUUCAUAGUGAAAGGAUUUAGAAGUUGGAAGAAAGUCAAUGAUAGAUCAAACUGUGCCUUCAUGAUUCACAUGGGAAAAGAUUGUGAUUCAGCUCAUAAAUACAAUGUUCAGUGUUAUGAGAAUUUAAAGAAUCAACCAUGCCAUAUUGUACAUGCAGUGGAGAAGCAAACAAAUAAAGAAAUAAAAAAGAAUAGACUCCGUCUUCGAACAUCAAUUGAUGCAGUCCGAUGGUUAGCAUUCCAGGCUUGUUACGAUGAAUUUGUUGACUCAAAAAACCAAGGUAAUUUUCUUGAGAUGGUAAAACUUCUAGCUUCUUAUGAUGAUAAGAGAAAUGAUGACCUUCAUGACAAUCAAGUUGCUGAAAUGGAGCAUCUAAUUGAACUUAAUGAGCUUGAAACUGGAAGUGGUGCUAAUCAGAUUAGAACCUUACAUCAUCCUGAGGAUACUAGAUGGAGCUCACAUUAUGAUUCAAUUUGUAGUCUUUUAAAGCUUUACAAGCCUACAUUUCUAGUAUUGAAAGAUAUUGCUACUGCUAAAGGUUCAGGAAGCACACUUGCUGGACGAGCAAAGGCUGCUGGUGCUGUUAAAUUAAUGAUGUCAUUUGACUUUGUUUUUAUUUUGCAUGUUAUGAAAGAACUCAUGGGCAUCACGGACCUACUUUGCAAAAAGCUACAGCAAAAAACUCAGGAUAUUGUCAAUGUUAUGGAUGAUGUGGCCACUACCAAGAAAUUGAUCCAAAGUUUAAGUGAUCGUGGCUGGAGUGCCCUUCUUAAUGAUGUGACAUCAUUUUGCAUAAAACAAGGAAUACAAGUGCCAAAUAUGAAUGCCUUCUAUGCGGACUAUAUUCGAUCUCGUGCUGAGAAUGAGCUAUCAGUUGAGCAUCACUACAAAUAUGACAUUUUCACAGUUGCUAUUGAUCAACAAUUACAUGAGUUAAAUAGCAGGUUCAGUGAACAAGCCACAGAGCUUCUCGUUUUGUGUACAUCUUUGGAUCCUAGAGAUUCAUUUAGAUCGUUCAAAAUUGAUGAUAUUUGCCUGCUAGCUUCAAAGUUCUAUCCUACUGAUUUUCUGAACAAGAAAGAAAUAACUUGA